AUGGCCCCCCACGCUGCUGCUGGUGCUGCUGCUGGCACUGCCGGCGAUGCGGCUCAGAAGGCCGCCGUCGUCGAAGGGACGCUGACCGUCGCCAACGUCGCCGCCAACAGGACCAGGUGUGCCCUCCCCAAGGGUGUCGCCGCCUUCUCCGACAGUAGCAUGUUCAAGAGCGCGGUAAGUCCUCUUCCUCUGUGUCUUGCUUUUUUACGUCGUCGCCCAGUGGGAAUAGCCGGCUUACCCGUACACACACCAACAGGCAUCAGCGUCACAGCCGAAAGCGAAGAGAUGGGACCACUGCGGCCACUGACCUCUCUUGCAGCCCUCGACCCUGAAGCAGGUGGCUCUCUACAUGGGUCCCAUUAUUUAUAUGCACAGAUUUACGCUUCGAGGAUCAAGCUGACGCCAAUAAUAGAUGUGAUCUCUCUUGGAGGUGGCCUGCCGUCCCAGGAAUACUUCCCCUUCCACGAGAUCUCCGUCAAAGCUCCCAGCCCUCGCCAGUUUGCAGACCCGGCCCCGGCUAAUCCCGAGUGCGUCUUCUCCUCCACCAAGCAUGAUGUGGCAGACGGAACGAGCGAUUUCGAUCUCGAAGUGGCUCUCAACUACGGCCAGUCCGUCGGAUACGCUGCUCUCGUGCGAUGGAUCACCGAACAUGUCGAGAUCGUUCAUAACCCUCCGUAUGGAGAUUGGGAAAUCACCAUGGCGCCCGGGAGCACGCAGGGAUGGGACUUUGUUCUGCGCAUGCUCUGCGAGCCCGGCGACAUGAUUCUCACGGAAGAAUACACUUUCUGCUCUGCCAUGGAGGGUGCCGCUGCCCAGGGCGUCACCCCCUUCCCCGUCAAGGUCGACGCCGAAGGCCUCCUCGCUACCUCUCUGGACGAAAUCCUCACCAAUUGGGACCCGGCUGCACACGGCGGUGCUCGCAAGCCAAUCGUGCUCUACACCGUCCCUUCCGGCCAGAACCCAACGGGCGCCACACAGAGCGCCGAACGACGCAGGGAAGUCUACAAGGUUGCCCAGAAACACGACAUCAUCGUCGUCGAGGAUGAGCCAUACUACUUCCUCCAGAUGGAGCCCUACACGGGGCUCAACACACCCACCCCUCCCCCGCCUGCAACCACCGACGAGUUCCUCAAGACCCUCAUACCUUCAUACCUCAGCAUGGACACAGACGGGCGCGUUAUCAGACUCGACUCUUUCUCCAAGGUGCUCUCCCCCGGCUCGAGAGUCUCUUUCCUCGUUUCCUCCGCUCAGUUCACAGAACGCAUGAUCAGACAGGCCGAAACUUCCACCCAGGCUCCUAGCGGAAUGGCUCAGAUCAUACUCUACAAGCUCCUAGACGAGUCAUGGGGUCAUGAGGGAUAUCUCAAGUGGCUCAUCCACAUCCGCAUCGAGUACACAAAGCGCAGAAACUGCAUCAUGGAUGCCUGCGAGGAGUUCCUACCCAAGGCCGUGGCGUCCUGCAACCCUCCGACCGCAGGCAUGUUCAACUGGAUGCGGGUUGACUGGAAGAAACACCCUGCCUACCAGCAAGGAAAGGACCACAAGGCUAUUGAAGAAAUGAUUUUCCUGGCCGCCGUCGAUGCUGGUGUCCUUGUUUCACGCGGAAGCUGGUUCUUGGCCGACCAGUCGGCUACCGAGGAAGAUAUGUUCUUCAGGUCGACCUUCGCCGCUGCCCCGGCAGACAAGAUCAGGGAAGCCAUCAGGCGGUUCGGCGAGGUCCUCAAGGCCCAGUUCAAUAUCCAGUAG